AUGGCCAUACAAAUCUUACUGAUUAAUCCCAAUGAAGUCCAUAUUGACGAUCCCGAUUUCUUUGAAGAGAUGUUCAGCCAGUCAAAUGGCCGAGCACAGAAACCCCUAAACGUUGCCGAGGCAUUUGGAACGCAAGAUCAUGAUCACCAUCGCAUAAGACGAGCAGCUCUCAACCCAUUCUUCUCCAAGAAAUCAAUCAAUGACCUAGUUGCCAGAAUUCAACGUCCUAUUCUCAUACUUUGCGAUCGACUUGAGAAAGCAACUAAAACUGGAGAGAUACUUAAUAUGAAGUAUUUCUAUGCUGCUGUGACGCUUGAUAUUAUCAAUGACUACUGCUUUUCGAGAGAACCCGACAAUGUCUUAAGACCAGACUUUGGGCGCAAAUCGUUUGAUGACGUUGAUACGUUUUUGAAUAUUAGUCUAUUGGAUAACAUCAACAAAAUUUUGGCUCCUGCAAUGGCAGACAUCCUUGAUUUCCGCAAGGUGAAUAAUGAAGCUUUGUUCAAGUCCGUGUUAUUUAACAUUGUACAGGAUCUCUCUAGACAGGUGGAAACCAUUCGAGAUGAACACAGAAAAUAUCAAAUAGAAAAAGUCGUUGAUAGAACUGUCUUUCAUGAGCUUCUGGAAAGCAAGUUGCCACCAAAAGAGCUGGAGCGAGACAGACUACGUGAUGAAGCUUUCAGUUUGGUCACAGCGGGCUCCGGUACAACAGCAUAUGUCCUUAGAGGCACCUCAUACCACAUCUCGGCUAAUCCUAGGAUCUCCGAACUCCUUCACGAGGAGCUCAAAUCAGCCAUUCCUGAUCCAUUAAAACCACUCUCGUUACCAGAGCUAGAAAAACUUCCGUACUUGACAGCUGUCAUCCAGGAGGGCCUACGCCUUGCUGAUCCAGUUACCCAUCGUAUUGGCAGACAAUAUCCAGAAAAAAGCUUCCAAUGCAACGGUAAAACAAUUCCAGCCGGAACAAUAAUGAACAUGACAGCCUUACUCACCCAUCAGAAUGAAAAAAUCUUCCCUGAACCCGAGGUCUUCAAACCAGAGAGAUGGCUAGAAACGGAGAACAAACGACUUGAGCACUACCUUGUCACCUUUAAUCGCGGGACUAGGUCUUGCCUAGGUAUCAACCUUGCUCGUGCAGAGCUCUAUUUGAUCUUAGCAUCUGUCUACAGACAAUUUGACUUCGAUGUCUCACAAGUUAUUCGAGCGCGGGAUAUAGACGUUAGCCGAGACUACAUUUUAGGCGCCCAGGCGAGAGAUACCCCUGGUAUUUUGGUUAAAGUGAGAAAAGUAGAUUGA